AUGCCGGACUCACAGACGGUGCGGACGCUUGUCCUUUGGAACGGCGAGUGGCCGUACGUGAAGCGUGGUGUGUCGGAGGUGCGUGCCGUUGCGGCAGGUGUCAUUGCUUCCGCCAAUGCUCUUGUUGACGUGCCGGCCUACUUGGCGCGAGCGCGCAAGUACACGGCAGUGGCCGAUGACUUUGUUACGGCGCAGUCGGCGAGGGCGAGCUCCACAUUAGAGUCGCAUCAGUGGGUAGUGCCGGCGGCCGGGAUCGCGCUGGCGAGCGUGUACGUUGUCGUGCGAAGCGCGUCGUGGGGCGGCGCCAUAAUGAUGCGCAACGGUCUGGUCACAGCAGGGGCGCUGACGGCGUUCAUGUUCCCACGCGAAAUUGUGCAUCACGUCGACAGCGCGAUGCCGUUUCAAGCCCCGUGGUCGAUCAGCGAGCAGAAGAGCGAGAGCUAG